AGCCCGCAGGCUGUCGGGGCAGAGAAGGGGCCGGAAAGACCGAGAGCCCGAGCCCCCCCCAUUGUCCCACCGCCUCCAGACGCCCGUUUCCGCUCCCGCGGCGACCCCGGGACACAUGCCCCACGUCCCCCGAGGGCCCUCGCCGCCCCACACGCGGGAUGUCCGGAGCUGUGUUAGAAGAGGAUGCAGAGGGACGAGAGCGGAAAGGAAGUGCCUUUGCAAAGCGGCGUGUGUUUCAGCCGUGGCAGGCAGCCGGGUCCCCAGGCAGGAGUCGAAUACAGCCCGACGCUUCACGGCGUACGUCCGAGGGCUGGUUUGAGACGAACUCGACGACAGCUUUUUGUUUGUUUGUUUUCAUAAAAGCAUCAGCGAUGCAAACAAAAAUGAAAUGCGGCCGAGUCGCUCCCCGAGGCGGUCGGCACAAUAAGCGUCGUAAACAAUUCACGCUAGCGCGAAAUCCCUUGAAUUCACUCAACGCCAAGUAGCUGAGAGCUCCGCGUCGGAGUUGGCUGCUUUUAUAACGAUCGGUGUCUGAGGUGGGCAGCCAUGUGGGGAAGGCGAGCAGGACACCCUCAAGAAUUAAGCAGCAAGUACCCGAUGAACCUGUUGCACCAGGAUGCUGUGCCCCAAAGGUGCAACCCAUCCAAGGACAGUGACAUCAGUCUGGAAGUGUUUAGUGGCUCAACCCCUGAACUCAAGCAGAACCAUAAGGCAGCUCAGCAAGCACGGGGCAGGAAAGCCCGCAAAGCUGACUCCAGGGACUCCAAUGGGAGGGAAACGGAAACAAUUUCCUUUAUCUCUGGCAGUGCAGAGGCUCCACAGGCCCAGAGCUCUUGCUGUUCCUCUUUGUCUCAAGCCUGGAGCACCUACAAAGCUGUCUUCUGCUGUAUAGUGACCUGUGGGGGCUGCUUUCAGGACUGCAGCGUUCGUAUCCCCUACGCAGGACAUGCUGAGAUUUUGGUAGAUGAUGGGAAGAACAGAGAGUAUAACGGACGGCUGUCUAACAGUAGUCCUGUCAACCUGUCCCCCACUGAAAAGAAUGGGAACCCAAGCAGGAAGCCUGUUAUGGGGAGCAGCUUCAGUUACCCAGAUGUGAAACUGAAGGGUAUCCCUGUCUAUCCCAAUCGGAGCCCCAGCCACCAACUAGAAGCAGAUUCAUGCUACAAGGAGCCCCUACCGGAGAAGACCUUCAGGAACAGCAUAGAAAAGCCACCGCUCCCUGGCAGCCAGCGGAGCUCUGAGGAGUAUUACUCCUUCCACGAGUCUGACCUGGACCUCAGCGAGAUGAGCAGCUCCAUGUCCAGCAGGGAGAUUGACGUCUUGAUCUUCAAGAAACUGACGGAGCUGUUCAGCGUCCAUCAGAUCGAUGAGCUGGCCAAGUGCACGUCGGACACAGUCUUCCUGGAGAAGACUAACAAGAUCUCAGACCUCAUCAACAGCAUCACUCAGGACUACAACCUGGAUGAGCAGGAUGCGGAGUGCAGGCUGGUCCGAGGCAUCAUACGCAUCAGCACCCGGAAAAGCAGGGUCCGGCCACACGUUUGUAUCCCUGCGACCCAGAGCCACGAGGCGAGGACAAGCAGAGGCAACCCACCAGACAGUGGCCACGAAACCAUGCCGGAGUCCAUAGUCAUCAGCCAAGACGAUUUGGCUGUGCAGAUAUCAGAGGAAACAGCAGCAGAUGUCAUAGCCAGGAACAUGAGGCGGCACAGCGCUGCAGGAUCUCCAACAAGCAGAGAUUCCUCCUUCCAGGACACAGAGACUGACUCAUCCGGGGCACCUCUGCUUCAAGUUUACUGUUAGGUAAAUGGACCGAAGCGGUGUGCUGUGAGCGCAGAGGUUGCGGGGUCUUAUUGCACAUGGAGUUCCUCGUCCUUUUAACACAAAAUAUGCUGUGCCACUUUAUUUUUUCAAUUACUUUUCCUUGCUUCACACCUAACUUGCUCCUUGGCCUGUGGGUCACGUUGGAGGUUUUUUGGACUGUAACAUAACCCUAAGGAAAUGGACUGUGAAACUAGUGAGCAGCAAAGGAAUCUGUUGUGCCUUUGUGAGAGUUUGAAGUUUUAUCUCCACUCACAGAGUUCAGCUUAGCUCCCAAAGAAUCUCUGUUGUCCGACAGUUGCUCAGCUCUGAGUAUAAGCUGUAUAGUUUUUACUCUUCUGGCACUGCGGGCGUUAUGUAGCUUUUCCUUUCACCACUCCCCCACCCCAGCAGUAUCUUUGCAUUUAUAGCAGUUUUGUUGAGGGGGACUAUCUCAGGAAGGAGAGAGGGUCGUUUAGUCUCCACAGUUCAUUUAGUGCUUGGUCUUUUUAUGGAGGCAGCUGAUAAAGCAACCAAAUGAAAUGGUGCCACCUGUUAUAUGGACAGCUUCGAUGCGAUGCACUCUACUGAGAGCCAGCUUUCAUCACCGGUACUAAACAGCCAGUGGAUACCUGCUUUCAGUCGCUGCCAAAGUGGUGUGAAUCGCUGACACAAGGAAUUAAACAAUUACAGGUAUUGGUUUGUAACUUGUAUGCUAAUUGGGAUCCCCUACUUUUCUCUCGCAGCAUCGAUGACUUUGGGGUCUGUUCACUUUUUGGGGAGACCUCAGAACUCGGGUCUUGGCAGGGAAAGAAAGACCUGGUUUUUAAUUGCAAAGCUCUGCCCGUUAGCCCACAGAGAAGCUCUGCCUAGGUGUUUGAGAGCUAAACUGCCUUGUCAUCCUUUCUGCGACCAGUUACAAAACAAGUAGCUUGUCCUUUGCUACCCUAUAGGCAUUACCGCUUGAGAGGAGGAGCUUUGCAGCUUGCCAAGCUCCAUACAUUUUUUUUUUUUUUAAAUCAGAACAUCAAACAAAGCUGGCUGUGAGAUUUAAGUGCCUUUGAAUAGAAGAAUGGUUGGUGGUCAAAUGGACCAGCAGUAAAACCAAGGAGUCCAGUGCUGCUAGCGUGUGUGAUAGAAGCAGAGGUGGGUUCUGGGCUCUGUCCUUGGUGUGCAUCCCACAUCUGUACCGAUGCAAAUUUGAAGGUGGCCUUAGCUUGAAGGUUGACGCUACAGUCUCUGUACGUCUCCUAGGCUUUAAAAGAUGUGGGUGCUGUAGUUCCUUGUCCACUCCCUGGGGCCUUCUGUACCUGACAACGGUGAGCAAAAGCCUUUGAGUCGUGCGGUUCACCUGACCCCCGUUUCAGUCCUACUUGGACUCGCUGUUCUUGUAAAGUACUUGUUUUAAAAAAAGAGAAGAAAAAUCUGUGGUAUUUUUGUAAAUAAUGGACAUUGGAAAUGCUUAAUCAUGACGACGCUGACUAGAUGAUUGCAUGUAGCCUGUUUAAUGUGAUUUUCAUAUCAUUUAAAGCUGCUUCCAACCUCA